AUGAAAAAAAAUAACUUUGUUUUAACUUAGGUCGAAAAGAAAAAUGUCUUUAAAGAUUAGGAAAAUACUUUUAAGAUAUUAGUUGCCACUGAUAACCAUGUAGGAUAUAAAGAAAACGACCCUAUUAGAGGGAACGACUCUUUUGAAGCUUUUGAAGAAGUAUUAAAAAUAGCAAAAAGCGAAAAAGUAGACUUUUUACUUUUAGGAGGAGAUCUUUUUCAUGAGACCAAUCCUUCUUAGCAGUGUUUAUAUAAAAUGCUAAAUUUAUUGGGUAAUUAUGUUUUAGGUGAUGGCGAAAUUUUGUAUGGGAUAUCGAAUUAUAAUGAUGUAAAUUUUCAAGAUUGCAAUUUGAAUAUAGAAUUGCCAAUCUUUGUCAUCCAUGGUAAUCAUGACUACCCUUCAGAUGAGUAUGGAAAUUUAAGCGUAAUAGACCUUCUUCACGCAACAAAAUACCUCAAUCACUUUGGAAAAUUCUCCAACAUUGAAUAAAUAAAGGUUACUCCUAUAAUCUUCCAGAAAGGCAAUACAACAGUAGCUUUGUAUGGAAUUGGAUACUUAAAAGAUAAAUACUUUCAUAAAAUGCUUGAGGAGGGUAAAAUAGAGUUUGUUAAACCUGAAUAAAUGGGGUAUAAGGACACAGUGAAUAUUUUAGUCAUUCAUUAAAAUAGAUACAAAGGAAUCAGAUAAGGACAAUCUUACAGAAAUUGUGUGCAUCCUGAAUAAUUUCCAGAGUGGAUUGACUUUAUAAUUAGAGGUCACGAGCAUGAAUAAAAAGAUGAUAUAGAUAUUAUGAAAGAAUGUCCUAUUGCUACUAUUUAACCUGGCUCUACUAUAUUAACAGCAAUAGAAGAUGUUUAGGCAACACCAAGAAGAGCUAUAUUAUUUGAAAUAAAAGGCCUUGAAGCUAACUUUUAAGAUAUUACUCUAAUUUAAUCAUAUAGGCCAGUUUUAUAUGAGCAUGUUGAAUUAACUAGUGUAGUAAAAAAAGCAGGAUUCGAUUUAGAUAAUGAAGUACCUGCAGAUUAGGCUGUAGAAGAAGUUCUAUGGCAAUUUAUUUAACAGUCUAUCAACAAUUUUAAAAUAGUCUUGAAAGAAAAUUUUCCAAACAGUCCUCAUUUAUUUGCUAAAAAACCUAUUUUAAGAUUUAAAAUUGAGCAAAGCAAUUUUGAUGUUUUUAACUUUCAAAGAAUAGAAUCUAAACUGUCAGACUUGGUUGCAAAUCCAGGUGAAGUGCUUAAAUUUUGGAAAAGAAUAAUAAUUAAUCCUAAAACUAUUAAAAAUCCAAAAUUAGAAGAAGAUUUUAUCAAAACUUUAAAAGGAAAAUCAGAUUUUGAUACAAUAGGUAAUGAAACUGUCAAGGAUAUUAAAGAAUUAUAUGAAGAUAGGAUUAAAAAAAAUAAAUCUAUUUCAUGCCUGCCGAGCAGUCUUAUAAUGGAUACCCUUGAAAAAGUUAAUUUGAGGAAUAGAAACUCUUCUAUAGAAGACAUAAUCAAGAAUUUACAAAAUAAAUUACAGGAAAAUGUAGCUGUUUAGGAGGAGAAAGAAAUAAGGAAGGUUAAUGAACAAUAUCGUUAAUAAAUGAACAGCGUUUUAUAAAAAAUAUCUACUAAUAUUGAUGAGAGAUAAAAAGAUAAAAUAGAUCUUGACUUAAAAAACAGUGAUAAAAUUAUAUACAAAACUUUGAUGAACAAUUAAUUUGAUGAUCUGAAACAAAGUUUAAAUGAGAAAAUAAGGACAAAAGUGGCUGAGCUAUUCAUUCAAGACUUUUAAUAGGAUGGAGAUAAUGAUAUUGAUAUAGAAAAUAAUAGUGAUGGCUAAUAUAAGGAAAGUAGUACAAAUAAAAAAAGUUUGAAUUCUGAUUAAAUGGAUAGUGAAGAAGAAGAUAAUAAAACUAGUAAAGUUAAAGGACGAGGAAGAAAAAGAACUGAAAAUAAAUCUAUCACAACGAAAAAGUAAGUCAAGGACUUUGAAUUAGAAGAUAAUGAUUAUGAAAAUGAAAAUAUACAUGAUGAGGAAGAUGAAAAUUAAAUUUCAUAAUAGAAAGGAUUUAAAGGCAAAUUUAAGAAUAGCAAAUUAGCCAAAGAAAAGGCAAACUAAAACUUGAAAAAUAGAUAAGAAAUAAAAGUUGAAGAUUCAAGUGAUCAAGAUGAAGAAAAAAUUGAAAAAGUAAAUAGAAGAAUAAAAAAAAGUGAUAAUAAAAGAGAUUUCAAUGCUGAAAAUGAAAAACCUAAUAUGAAAAGUGGGUUUAAAUAAAAAAUGACAUACGCUCAGUUAUUCAAGAAAUAAAAUAGAAUGGAUUAAGAAGAAGAAGAAGACUAUGAAGAAAAUUAAUAAAGUGAUGAAGAUGCUUCACAGCAAUCAGAUUGUGAAUUUGGGUUAAAUGGAGAGAAAUAAAAAAUUAGUUAUAAUAUUGCUCAUAUUUCUGAAAUACAAAAAAAGAACUAAAGCAAUAAGUCUCUUCCAUUAUUGCAAGUUCAAUAAAAGAAAGAAUAAAGUAGUGCUAUUAAGAUAGAGAAUUCUAGCAAUACUAGGCAGAGUAUUUUAAGCAAAAAAAAGCCCCAAGCACCACAAGAUGAGCCAAGAAGAGAGUAAAAAGAGCUGGAUAUAAGAGAAUUGAUGAUGAAAAGAAUGAAUUAAGCAAAUGUUAAAAAUUGA